AUGCCAGGUGUUGACCCGAUCGCCAGAACCGCCGCGACCGACGAUGAGGGCGUCGAUCAAAUCGGCUCCGACACGCCGCGCUCCGGCAUCGCCACGCCCCAGCCCGACCUCCAGGACAAGCGACUGCCCGGAAUAUUGAGUUACUUCGGCCAGGUUCGUCCAGACCCUCCUGCAACCGAGACCUCCUCCCACCCGCCGCCCGUCGAGAAUGCCGCCCUGCGAGAACAUGGAGAGGGAGACGAGGCCGCUUCGGCGACGCCGUGUCCAUCGCAGGUUGCUGCCCAGAGCUCCGUGCGCUGUGGCAGCCGGACAAGCCACGAGGCCCAUCCGUCCCUGCCGCAUGGGACUGAACCUGCCAGACCGUCGCGAGCCCUCUCUCAUCCCUAUCCCACUCCUCCCGCUUCACAACCCUCUUCCUCCGGCGGCUCCAUGACGCAGGACGUGAGCUUGAGCCUGUCCAACGCCCAGGCGCGCGCCGCCUUUACGGUCGGCUCGCGCACGGGCAAGGAGUCGCUCGAGCAGGGCCGAUCCCAAGCUUCCGACGCCCUGUCAGAAGUGGCGGCCUCGGCCGGCCAAAGUGGUCGCCGUUCUACGUCACCCCAGCAGCCCCAGCCCACUCCCUUGCCUGCACAGUCUGCGCAAUUGGCGGCAGCGCCCGCGAGCUCGAGCAAGUGGUUUUCUCUUGAGGGACUCAAAGAGCUAACUCGUGGCACAAUCUUCAAGAGCGGUCCACCGACUCCCACGAGAGCACUGUCUGCUGCUCACUCAUCCCAAUCAGAUGGCAGAGACACUCCGGGACGGACCAGUCAUGACGGCGCCGAGCACAGCGGCACGCAGACGCCUCGCAACUCGACGUCUGCCGGCGCCCAGGUUCCCCUGGCGAGGGGCAAGCUCACCAUCAAAAUUGUCGAGGCGCGGGGUCUGCGGAAAUGUCGUGACCCUUAUGUCGUCGCCGUGUUUCAGCGCAGCGAGCUAAUUUCAGGCGGGCCGAGGCCGUCCGAAGAGGAUGAGCACAAUUUGAAUGCCCCGACGUCUGUCAUUGGCAGCAUCCCCAUCCAGCGCCAGGGCAGUGACUCAGGCCGCCCCAUGGCCAUUCCGAUGCGCAGCCGCCAGAGCAGCAACACCAGCAUCACCGACUACAAUACAUUCCGGAAUCGAACGGCUCGUGCUCCUUCCUCGAACCCAAAGUGGGAUGCCGAGGCGGUCUUUGACGUUGUCGAUUCCGACAUGGCGGUUGCGAUCUCCGUAUACGACCACACGGCUACGGGCGAAGAGUUUCUGGGACAAGUCGAUUUCCAAGCCUCGCGAGAUGACCACGGCACCAUGCGCAGUUGGUACACGUUGAAGGGCCACGCCGACACGGUGGCCGAGGACGCCCCGACGGGCGAGAUAUACGUUGAGUGCCUGUAUCAGCGGUCGGAGAAGAAGCAAUUCGGCCCCAGCGACUUCGAGAUUCUCAAGCUCAUUGGCAAGGGGACGUUUGGGCAAGUCUACCAGGUUCGGAAGCGCGAUACGCAGCGCAUCUACGCCAUGAAGGUGCUGCAGAAGAAGGUCAUUGUGCAGAAGAAGGAGGUUGCCCACACGGUUGGGGAGCGCAACAUUCUCGUGCGAACGGCCAUGUCCGACUCGCCCUUCAUUGUCGGCCUCAAGUUUUCUUUCCAGACACCGUCAGAGCUUUAUCUGGUGACCGACUACAUGUCGGGCGGCGAGCUCUUCUGGCACCUGCAAAAAGAGGGGCGCUUCGACGAGAGGCGGGCCAAGUUCUACAUCGCGGAGCUCAUCCUCGCGAUCCAGCACCUGCACAACAACGACAUUGUGUACCGCGACCUAAAGCCCGAAAAUAUCCUCCUCGACGCCAAUGGCCACAUUGCGUUGUGCGACUUCGGCCUCUCCAAGGCCAACCUUACCAAGAACGACACAACCAACACGUUCUGCGGUACUACGGAAUACCUGGCGCCCGAGGUCUUGUUGGACGAGUCUGGUUACACCAAGAUGGUCGACUUCUGGUCCCUCGGCGUCCUCGUCUUCGAGAUGUGCUGCGGCUGGAGUCCGUUCUACGCCGAAGACACGCAGCAGAUGUACAAAAAUAUUGCCUUUGGCAAAGUGCGCUUCCCUCGGGACACGCUCUCGCAAGAAGGGCGCAACUUUGUCAAGGGGUUGCUUAACAGAAAUCCCAAACACAGACUCGGAGCGACAGAAGACGCCAAGGAGCUUAUGCAGCAUCCAUUCUUCGCCGACAUCGACUGGGACCUCCUGGCCAAGAAGCUCAUCACCCCGCCGUUCAAGCCCAAGCUCAAGUCUGAGACGGACGUGUCGUACUUUGACCCAGAGUUCACGACCGCGCUGGAGCAAAAUGGAUCGCUCAACGAGCGCGCGGCUGCCCUGGCCAGAGGCUACGCCGCGUCCACGCCGCUCUCUCCGUCGGUGCAGGCCAACUUCCAGGGCUUCACCUUUGUCGACGAGAGUGCGCUCGAUGACCACAUGAGGGAUCGGUUCCGCUCGAGUGAUGACGAUAUGGAUGACGCCCACGCCGCCAACAACGACGACGACGAUUGGGACAACCUCGACGACAUUGAUCCGCGCAAGGCAAAUCGCAUGAGCGGCAUCGUCAAGACGUCCCACCACGACGAACACCUAGUCGGUGGGUCGCAUUUCGACCCCUAA